CCCCCCAUUUCCCGCUCUCCUGCCUUCCGCCCACAAACCUAACUAAAGCCUUGACACGGCUCACUGACCCUUCCUUUGCCGCCUCCUUGUCCCGCCGAGCUCAGCUCACGUCAGGAGAGAUGAGGGCCGCGUCGUCCCCCGUGCCCGCCGCCGUCCUCGCCGCCCCCUCCUCCGCCUCCGUCGUAAAGCCGCUGCCCCGCGCGGCGGCCUCGAAUGGCGCCGUCAGCGCCGGCAGGCGCGACGUGCUCGCCGGGACCGGCCUGGCGGCGCUGCUGCUGGCGCUGGGCCCAGCGUGCGGCGCGGCGCGCGCGGCGGACGAGGAGUACGUGAGCGAGACGAAGGAGGUGAUCGGGAAGGUGCGGUCGACGAUCAGCAUGGACAAGUCGGACCCGAACGUGGCGGACGCGGUGGCGGAGCUCCGGGAGCUGUCCAACUCGUGGGUGGCCAAGUACCGGCGGGAGAAGUCGCUGCUGGGGCGGCCGUCGUUCCGGGAGAUGUACUCGGCGCUCAACGCCGUGUCGGGCCACUACAUCAGCUUCGGCCCCACGGCGCCCAUCCCGGCCAAGCGCCGCGCGCGCAUCCUCGAGGAGAUGGACACCGCCGAGAAGGCGCUCCUCCGCGGCAGGUAGUAGGCCUCCCCAGCCAAGCCGGCCAUGGCCGUCGCCGCCGUGGUGGGUUCACUUCUGGCAGGGACGCGGCGCGUGCCCUCAGCUCAGCGAGAACGCUCUGCCUCCUUUUUGUAACUACUACUACUGCGAUGUACAUGCAUUC